AAUACCUUUUUCAGCGAAACCGGUGCUGGUAAGCAUGUCCCAAGAGCAUUAUUCGUAGAUCUCGAGCCAACUGUAAUCGACGAGGUGAGGACUGGUGCUUACAGGCAACUCUUCCAUCCGGAGCAGCUCAUCUCCGGGAAGGAAGAUGCCGCGAACAACUUUGCCCGAGGACAUUACACAGUUGGAAAGGAGAUUGUCGAUUUGUGCCUUGAUAGGGUGAGAAAAUUAGCAGACAAUUGCACUGGAUUGCAGGGGUUUCUAGUUUUCAAUGCUGUUGGUGGUGGUACUGGAUCUGGAUUGGGUUCUUUGUUGUUGGAGAGAUUGUCUGUGGAUUAUGGAAAGAAGUCAAAACUUGGCUUUACCAUCUAUCCUUCCCCACAGGUUUCUACAGCAGUU